GCGGGGCACCUGCAGCUUCCCAGCACUCUGCCUGGGGUAGGGCUGACACCCCUUGGGCUCGGCUUGAACUCCCUCGCCCAAGAGGUGGGUCUUUCUCUGACUGCCCCUGGCUCUUGCUUCCCGCCCUCAAGCCGAGGGUUUGGAUACUGAGAGGGGAGGAAGAAAGGAUUCUUUCACCAUGAGGUCCUUCCUGCAGGCAGUGGCACUCUGGGGAAAGAAGGCCCCUCCGCAUAGCAUCACUGCCAUCAUGAUCACCGAUGACCAGCAAAUGAUUGUGACAGGAAGUCAAGAGGGUCAGCUCUGUCUCUGGAAUCUCUCAGCUGAACUAAAGAUUUCAGCGAAAGAACUUCUUUUUGGUCAUUCAGCUUCGGUAACAUGUUUGGCAAGAGCAAGAGACUUCUCUAAACAGCCAUUCAUUGUUAGUGCUGCUGAAAAUGGGGAGAUGUGUGUUUGGAAUGUCACCAAUGGACAGUGCGUGGAGAAGGCCACACUUCCUUACAGGCACACUGCAAUCUGUUAUUACCACUGCUCAUUCCGGAUGACCGGAGAAGGCUGGCUUCUGUGCUGCGGAGAAUAUCAAGAUGUUCUUAUAAUUGAUGCCAAAAGUUUGGUUGUUAUUCACACUUUCAUAUCAUCUCAGUCACCUGAUUGGAUCAACUGUAUGUGCAUUGUUCACUCCAUGAGAAUUCAAGAAGAUUCUCUUUUGGUGGUAUCAGUGGCGGGUGAGCUUAAAGUAUGGAAUCUCUCUUCAUCUAUCAACAGCAUUCAGGAAAAGCAAGAUGUUUAUGAAAAGGAAUCCAAAUUUCUCAAUGCCCUGAACUGCCAGGCAAUACGAUUUUGCACGUAUACAGAGAGACUUCUACUGGUGGUAUUUUCUAAGUGUUGGAAGGUUUAUGAUUAUUGUGAUUUUUCCCUUCUUUGGACUGAAGUUAGUGGGAGUGGACAGUUCUUUGCUGGUGGAGAGGUGCUUGCUGCUCACAGAAUCAUCAUCUGGACAGAAGACGGUCACAGUUAUAUCUAUCAGCUGCUGAACAGUGGGCUUUCAAAAAGCAUAUAUCCUGCUGAUGGAAGAGUGCUUAAAGAGACCAUUUAUCCUCAUUUACUGUGCUCUAUUUCUGUGCAGGAAAAUAAGGUACAGAGCCUUCCCUUGGUUAUGGGCUACAUGAAUGAAAGGAAAGAGCCUUUUUACAAGGUACUUUUCUCCGGAGAAGUCUCAGGAAGAAUUACUUUGUGGCACAUCCCUGAUGUUCCUGUAUCCAAGUUUGAUGGCUCUCCUAGAGAGAUACCAAUAACUACCACCUGGACCCUUCAAGAUAAUUUUGAUAAGCAUCAUACCAUGUCACAAAGUAUUAUUGACCACUUCUCUGGGUUUAAAGAUGGGGCUGGAACUGCAGUUGUCACAUCAUCAGAGUAUGUUCCAAGUCUUGAUAAACUAAUAUGUGGUUGUGAAGAUGGGACAAUUUUCAUUACACAGGCUUUGAAUGCUGCAAAAACAGGACUUCUAGAAGGCAAUUCUUUACUAAAAGGUUCCCUUCCUCACAAAGUUCUCAAAGAAGGCCAUCACCACAGUGUUACUUCCUUGCUUUACCCACAUGGUCUCUCUUCAAAAUUAGACCAAAGUUGGCUGGUAUCUGGGGAUCAGGAUUCAUGGGUCAUCUUGUGGGAUAUCUUUACUGAAGAAAUUUUACAUAAAUUCUUUUUGCAAGCUGGUCCAGUAACAAGUCUUUUGAUGUCACCAGAGAAUUUCAAACUACGCAGUCAUCAGGUAAUUUGCAGCGUGUGCGAUGACCAUUCCGUGGUUCUCCUCCACCUUGAGGGGAGGAGGUGCCUUCUGAGUGCCCGGAAGCAUCUUUUCCCUGUGAGGAUGAUAAAAUGGCAUCCAGUUGAGAAUGUUUUAAUUGUUGGAUGUGCUGAUGACUCUGUUUACAUCUGGGAAAUCGAAACAGGUACUUUGGAAAGACAUGAAACCGGAGAAAGAGCAAGGAUUAUUCUUAAUUGUUGUGAUGAUUCACAGCUUCUAAAGCCUGAAUCUGUACUUCCAGUUGCCUCAGAGACACAUAAGCACAAAAGUAUAGAGCAGAGGUCCUCCAGCUCCUACCAGUUUGGGCCAAUACCUUGCCCUGGUCUGCAGGUGGAGUCUUCAUGUAAGGUUGCUGAUGCCAAGUUUUUCUCAGGACCUUUUAAUGUGAUGCCUGUGAAGACAAAAUGGGGUAACAUUGGCUUUCAUAUCCUUCUAUUUGAUCUGGAAAACCUUGUUGAACUUUUGCUGCCUACUCCAAUCUGUGAUGUUGACACUUCCAAUUCCUUCUAUGGCAGUGAGAUCCUGCGAAGAGCCAAAAGCACAGUAGAGAAGAAAACACUGACGCUGAAAAGAAAUAAAACUGCCUGUGUUCCUCUCUCAGUGGAGGCAGAAGCCAAGCCUGUUAGUGAAAGCCCAACCCAAGGAGAUAAUACCAUCAAAUUAUCAGAAGAAAAUGAUGGCAUUAAAAGGCAGAAGAAAAUAAAGAGCUCCAAAAAGAGGCACCCUACGCAAUCAAGCAAAUUUGAUGCCAACCUCACAAUAGACACAGCUAAAUUGCUCCUAUCUUGUCUUUUACCAUGGGGAGUGGAUAAAGAAUUAGAUAAUCUCUGCAUUAAGCAUCUCAAUAUUUUAAAGCUUCAGGGUCCCGUUUCUUUAGGACUUGCUUCAAAUGAAGAUCACUUUUCACUGAUGCUGCCAGGUUGGGAUUUAUGCAAUGCUGAAAUGAACAAAGACUACUCAAAAGCAAAUUUAUUUUCCAGAAAAGUUUUGGACUUGUCAAAUAAAUAUACUUCCACUCUUCCAAAUCAGGCUGGGAUGCCAAGAGGACUGGAAAAUAUUUCUGAUCCUUUGCAAGAGUCAAACACUAUAGUUUACUUAUUGAGCAAGCUAUUUUUAGUUAAUAAGUUAGUUAAUAUGCCUUUAGAACUUGCUUGUGGAAUUGACAGAUCUUUCAAAAUGGAGUCUCUGCAUAACAAGAUGAAAAAUCCUGGGAAUGAUAUUUUGAAUAUUUCAAGCUUCUAUGGUUAUUUACGAAAUGGUAAGAGUGAAUCCCAUCUACCUGAAGCUGACAUUUCACUUUUGAAGCUAAUUUCCUGUUGGAGAGAUCAGUCUGUCCAGGUAACUGAAGCAAUACAAGCUGUUCUCCUGGCAGAAGUUCAACAGCACAUGAAGACCUUAAGAAAGGCAUCAAUCAAUAAUGAGCCAAUGUCUGUGGCAGAGAAUGGUGACUAUGAGAUGAUACAGAUCCUGCCAAAGAUGGAAUGGGCAGAGGAGCCAGAGCUACAGUGUACUGCAGACACUUUGCCUCUGCAAACUCCAGUCAGUCUGGUCAAGCAUGACAGCAACUCAAACUCGGCAAACUUCCAAGAUACUGAGGACAUGCCUGACAGAUGUGUCUUGGAAGAGUCUGAGAGUCCAGAUGAACGAAGGCAUCAUUUAUGGUUAUCAAAGGUGUGCUCCUGUAAGCUGUGCUAAAUGGAAUCUCGUCUAUAGGAAUUAAAUUUGGACAAAUUAAGAAACCGCAAGCAUGCCAUUUGUUUAUCAUUGUAUUUAAGCUACGUUGUCAUUAGUCGAGUUAUUUGUUUGUAGUAGAUUUGCUGAUAUUUUGGUCAGGGUGUAUUGAAAGUGUCUUUAGCAAUCAAAAAUAUUCAAAUUCACCUAAUCUUAGAAAGUCAUCAUCUAAAUCAUUCUAUGCUUCCUAGUUUUCUUUGACUAUUUCCAACAAGGAGUACCAGUCCACAGACACACAUUUAACAACAUUUUAGAUUUUCUUCUAUUUUUCAGUUCCUGAAUUAUAUAACCCCAUUGCCUUUAAAUAAUGUAACAAGCAAUGCUUUUAAAUUUAAUGCUACUUCAAUAUAUUUAAUCUAAAACUUUACCAAAUUUUGCUUGAUUUAUUAGGUUAGGAUAUUUUGUUUUAGUAGGUGCUCUAAUUCAGAUCAAUCACCCUAUGGUAAAUCUCAUCCUUAAGCAUGAAAUGUUGUCAACAAAUAGCCAAUUCCAUUUAGUCAUCAAUUAGCCCAAAUAAGGGAUAAACAGGAACAAAUCUUGUGCAGUCAGGUUAAUUUAGACUUCUAAUGACAUAGAGGCUAAUGUCUUUAGCUAAAGGUUGAUCUUGUUGGCCAUACAGAUGUAAAUGAAGGAAGGGGAAUCUACUGAUAGCACAUCACAAUUGAUCCUUAUUAAGUAUAAAUUCUUGUAGUUCUAUUCCCAGAAAGAAGCUUGACUAGCAGGAAUUCUCAAACUAAAAUAUGCAACAAUAUAAAUAGGAAUAGACAUAAAGUGCUCAUCUAUUAUGGCCUUUAGUGAUCUGAUUUACUUGCUGUGAUUUAUAUUGUAUAAUUCCUGAAUUUAUAGAAAAUCAUCACAAGAUUGUUAGUGUGCAUAUGAAUACAAAUAUUGACUAAUGCAUAGAAAAAUGGAAAUAAAGUACUAAAUAUACGAUAUAUACCUCUAUCUGUCUAUCUGAUAGGGAAGUUCUAGUCACUUCAAUUCAACAAACAUUUUUGGGGACACCAGCAUCAGGUUCUGCCCAAGGGAGGAUCAGUGGUCAAGAGAAAGGGGGAGAUUGGAAAAUAAAACUGUAAAAUUGAAAUAGCAUGGUCUCUACCCUUAAAAAGCUUAUAUUUAAUAGUUGACCUAAAUGAACAUGCCAGGACCAGACAUCAGGUGAGUGUAACUCUUAAAAUAGAUAGAAAUAUGUGUUCUUUUUCUCCCUGAAAAUGACAUUACUUGAAAUUACUUUUGAGUUGUACCUCAGUAACAGUAACAUGUUAUCAAUAUGAAUAAUGAUGGAAAAUUAUCAUCCCUUGAAAAACUAUUAUAUAUAUAUAUAUAUUAUAUAUAUAUAUAGAGAGAAAGAGAGUAUACACUCCCUUCACCCUUUUGGAAAUUGUCAAAAGCCACUUGGAACAUGUUUUAAAGUAAAGCAAGGUAGCAAGUUAGACAAUGGAACACAGUUUCUUGCAUGCUAUGUACUGGCUCUGAAGGUCAUUACAAGAAGGACUCUCCAAAAUAUUUUUAAUGAUAGCAAUAUCAAAUAAGGAUAUAUCCUCUCAAAAUGGGAAUUGUAAUACUUGAAACUAAUUUUGAUGCUCAAGUUUGGUAUGCUUGUUAAAAAUAAACUUUUUUUAAAACUGUA